CGGAUAUUAAUACCUACCGUUAACGCUACUUCCUCGUGUUACCUUUUAAUCUGUCCCCAAAAUGGCGAACCUAGCAGCAGCGGUUGCUGCCGCUGCGAGUAGAGAUCCAGCAGUUGAUCGUUCAUUACGCUCAGUCUUUGUGGGAAAUAUCCCGUAUGAGGCCACAGAAGAACAGCUGAAAGACAUUUUUUCUGAAGUCGGGCUUGUUGUCAGCUUCAGGUUAGUGUAUGACAGGGAAACAGGAAAGCCAAAGGGAUAUGGCUUUUGUGAAUACCAGGACCAGGAGACAGCCCUCAGUGCCAUGCGGAACCUGAAUGGGAGAGAGUUCAGUGGCAGGGCUCUCCGUGUCGACAACGCAGCCAGCGAGAAGAACAAGGAGGAGCUCAAAAGCUUGGGAACAGGCGCACCCAUUAUUGAGUCGCCUUACGGAGAAAAUGUCCAGCCGGAUGAGGCUCCGGAGUCCAUCAGCAGAGCAGUGGCCAGUUUGCCUCCAGAGCAGAUGUUUGAACUCAUGAAACAGAUGAAGCUGUGUGUGCAAAACAGUCCCCAGGAGGCAAGGAACAUGCUGCUGCAGAACCCUCAGCUGGCCUAUGCUCUGCUGCAGGCCCAAGUGGUCAUGAGGAUUGUUGACCCUGAGAUUGCCCUGAAAAUGCUCCAUCGUCAGACUACGGUUCAGCCUCUGAUUCCCAGCAGUCAGGGUGCUGGAGCACCAGCGAGCAAUCCACCUCCUGCUCAGCCCAAUGCCCCAGUGUCUCAGCCACAGCCUGUGCCUGGAAUGCAUGUCAAUGGAGCGCCGCAGAUGAUGCAGCCCCCCACCAUGGGAGGUGUACCAGGACCCAUGCCUGGACAGGGACCUGUUGGACCUCCAGGACCAGGUGGUAUCCCCCCCAGAGGCCUGCUGGGAGAUGGUCCCAAUGAUCCCCGAGGAGGAACCCUCCUAUCUGUCACUGGAGAAGUCAUAGAGCCUAGCCGAGGCUACAUGGGUGCUCCACCACCCCACCCAGCCCCACCUGUACAUAUGGGCCAAAUGGGAACUGGACCCCCUCCGGAUAUGAGAGGACCUCCUCAUGACAUGAGAGGCCCACCCAUGGGUGAGCCAAGAAACAUGAUGGGAGACCCUAGAGGGCCCCCAAUGAUGGAGCCUCGGGGACCCCCAAUGGAAACCAGAGGCCGUGACCCCCGGGCUAUGGAUGCUCGUGGGCCAGUGUCUGGGCAGAGGGUUCCCAUAGCGGGAGGUAUGCAAGGCCCGGUUCCCCACAACAUCGGUCCCAACGCUCCUCCACCUGCAAGACCGGGCCCUGGUAUUUCUGCUGUUCCACAGUCGGGAGGCGGCUUCAGCCCCGGGCAGAGCCAGGUUUCCACACAGGACCAGGAGAAGGCUGCCCUGAUCAUGCAGGUACUGCAGCUCACCCCAGAACAGAUUGCCAUGCUGCCUCCAGAACAGAGGCAGAGCAUCCUCAUCCUCAAAGAGCAGAUUCAGAAAACUGCAGGGGCGCCUUGAGGAUCUCACUGGACACACAAAGGCUGAAGGACUGGGAAACCACCUGACCUCAGCCCUCAUCCUGUCACCAUCAGUCCGAACAGGUUCGAAGACACCUCCUCAUAAUAGUUAAGAAUAUUUUGUAGAUCAUUUUGUACCAUAAUGUCUGUUUUUAUUUUAUAUGGAAUGGUGAAGUUGAUGCUUGUGGAUGGGAAAAUAAGUGAGGAUGACAUUUGUGAAAGCUAAACAGAUAAAGGCCAGAGCUGCCAUGUCGUGGGUGUUCAUUCUUUACCCCCCAAAAGCUAAAUAAUUUCAUUUUAUGCCUGGAUAUUUUGUUUGUCAAUAAAAAACUGUGACACUGGU